AAGGAGUUCGUAUUGUGCUAUGUGCAUGCAUUAAGCGCUCUGCGAAUACCUUCGCCCAGAAAAACCCCUUCAUAUAUAUUGCUAUUUUGGGCCCUCCCUAUAUACCUCUAUAUCUCACAUAUUCAUAAUGGCCUUCUUCCUGACACCGCAGCAACUGGCUUUCAUCUUUGGUCUCUUAGGUAACAUCAUAUCUUUUAUGGUGUUCUUGUCCCCAAUCCCAACAUUUUAUACAAUAAUAAAGAAGAAAACAUCAGAAGGGUUCCAAUCAAUUCCUUAUGUAAUAUCACUUCUGAGUGCAAUGUUGUUGUUGUAUUAUGGUGUCCUCAAGACUAAUGCUUUGCUCAUUGUCACCAUCAAUUCCAUUGGCUGUGCUAUUGAAGUUACUUACCUCGUCAUCUACUUGAUAUAUGCACCAAAGAAGGACAAGAUGUUUACUUUGAGGUUGAUACUGCUCUUCAAUAUGGUAGCCUACGGCUUGAUGAUGGUUGUCACUAUCUUCCUUUUCAAAGGUUCUGGCCGCGUUAAUGCCGUUGGAUGGAUUUGUGCUGCUUUUAACCUUGCUGUCUUUGCUGCUCCUUUAAGUAUCAUGAGGCGAGUCAUUAAAACUAAAAGUGUGGAAUACAUGCCGUUUUCACUUUCCUUUUUCCUUACCUUGUGUGCCAUCGCGUGGUUUUUCUAUGGAAUUUUUGUGGAGGAUUUCUUCAUCGCGUUCCCAAAUGUAUUAGGAUUUCUAUUUGGAGCUGCUCAAAUGAUAUUGUACCUCGUUUACAAAGAUUCCAACAAGAACGAUCUCAAGCUUAAAACAAAGACAAUGGAAAUGAAUCCAAGCUCACCAACUGCUGACAAACCAAAGGCGCUCUCUUUUGAUCAUGGUCGACGAAAAAGCAUGGAGAUGAAGGUGUACGUUGAGCAAGACACUAUAUAACUCAAAACGAGGACAAAGUGAGAUCCACCCGGUUAAUCUAUACAUAUAAGCUUUUGAGAGAAGAAUAUAAAUGAUGAAAUUGAGAAGGAGAGGCUAGCUAGCCACCUCAAAGAUAGAAAAACACCAAACAUGCUUUAGCUUAUAUAUGUUAUCCUUGUAUUUGAUAUAAUAAAGUAAUAAAAGCCUUUUACAUGA